CGCCAUCUGCUCGUUCUCCUUAAAAGAAUGUUCGACACUCCGUACAGAUAAAUUUAGUUGUUCUUAUUGUUCGUAAACGUUUUAUAUAAAAAUUAUGAUGGCAAGCAAGGGAUGGAAGGUUGUACAACCGCAUGUACCGCUGAUAAGGUUUCGUAAGGGAGGUCUCAAUAGAGUAAACGCAGGUGCGAGCGCGGCUCCAUCUGCGACUUCAGGGACGGCAUCAUCGCGAGGUGCAACCGGGCCCCAGGUUAUCAGUUUGCCAACGAUCGAUGAUAUUCACCUACCUGCAAGAUUUCAUCGACGACCUAUUACCGAAAAAGAAAUUGAAUAUAUCAAUCGCGGUGGGCCGGAAUAAUCGCGUUCGUGAACUUUAUUAGAAAAAAAGGCGUUUAAAUUAUAGAUUACCAUUCGAAAUAAAAUAUUAUUUUAAAUCGACUAUAGGUUUUCCUUAGAUUUACAGAUAUAAAAUAUUGUGUAAAUAAUAAAUGAACGUAAUAGAAAGUUUAUGAGUCAUAAAAAAAAAAGAUUGUAGAAUUUUUUCUUAAGCCACUUAUCGGACAAAGUCUCAUUUAUUUUUUUUUUCUUUCUAUUUCUCUCCUAACAACAACAACUACAUAUAUUUAUGUGACAUUGCCAGGACCUGCUAUUUCUAGAAUAUCUUUCGCUUCAUUGCUCUACCGACUAAUGCACGUUAUUCACCCGAAGCGAAAGUUUUAUUAAAUAUUUUUCAUUAUGUUUUUUUUUUUCCCAUAUAAUCAUAAUAAUCAACAAUAAUUAUUCAUUAAAAUAAUCUAACACUUUAUAAGAUGAUUAAAAAUAUUCUUUCAUGAUAACAACCCCUAUAUGGGUUGUUAGUGGUUAAAUUUUCCCUAAAAUAAAUAAACUUAUAAAUUUGACAUUGAAAUUGUUUAUACGCGAUAAAUACAGUUAUAUUCUAAAAUAAAAGAUAAUUUUGUUUGUUUUUUUAAAAAGAAAAAAAAGAAAAAGUGAGAUUACGUCAUAACGUAAGUUUAGGAGCAGGUGCCUAAGUUUAUCGAGACAUCCCUGUACCACCCAUGACAGAAAUAGCAGACGACAGUGCGCUUGGGUGCGCAGCAAGACUGACAACGACGACGACGACGACGUCGUUCAUCCGCAAGAAAGUUUCGGAUGUGAUUAAAAAGAGCUGAAUAAUAAUCGGGCUUAUUAUUUAACAAAAUCGCGAUAUUUCUAUAAAAAAAAAAAAAA